AUGGGCAGAGUGGGCAACAGAGACACGGACUGGACAGCGGAGGUCACGCCUGCCGGCUCGUUCCAGCACCUGCGCAUCACCUCUGGCGUCCCAGCAUCCUUCAGUGCCGGGCUGUGCCGCCGCGAGGAGGGGCGCUGCGUCCCUGUGGCGCCCGUGCACAGCGCUUCGCUGGACUCGAGUUCGAACGCCACGGAGCUGCGCAUGACUCUGAGCUCUCCGGGCCCCUGGCUUUGCGUGCAGGAUAAAUCGGAGAUGCUGCUGCUCAACAGCGCAGACUGUCCAGAGAAGAGCAGCCAGAUACAGUACAUCCCAGACCUUCAGGGACUGUCCCCCACCGACAGGCUACUGAGAGAACUGAGACGACUUGGAGGGGAGCAGGUUCCAGUGCUCAGAAUGCUCAAAGACCAGAGCAAAGUCACCGCAGCAGAGUCUUCAUUCAGUGUGGCGUACAGACGUGGCGUUCUCGGCGAAGACACUGCUGUGCCCUUACAGCUCGGCCUCAUGGCUCUGGCCACUCUCAUCCUGUCCUUCUCCGCGACGCUGCUGCUGUUCCUGGGAUACCUGGGCGUCCGGAGGAGACUGUCAGGCCCUGUCUGGCAGCACAAGCCCGUGCUGCUGGUGAGCUCCUCGGACUCGGAGCCCCAGGUGUCCGCGGUGUGCGCUCUGGCCUCCCUCCUGCAGAGGGAGCUGUGCUGCGAGGUGCAGCUGUCCCACUGGGCCCAGGGGGCGCUGGCGCAGCUGGGACCCGUGCCCUGGCUGUACGGGCAGAGAGAGGCCGUGAGGAGGGCAGAAGGCAGGGUGCUGAUAGCCUGGAGCCCCGAGGGCAGGGAAGUGUACCAGCGCUGGAGAGGAGGUCGAGCUGGUGGAGAGGGAGGGGGAGGAAGAGAGGGAGAGAGGAGCAGCAGGAGACAGGAGGAAGAGACAGAGGGGGAGGAGAGGAGGAGGAAAGAGAGAGGAGCUACGAGCGGGAAGAGCGAACAGGAGAGGCGGAGAAGGACGGGGAAGGAAGAAGAGGGAGCAGGGAGCGAAGAGGCCAAAGGGGGCGGCCCGGAGAGCGGAGGAAGAGUGGAGGCUCUGUGCGGGAAGAGAGGGGGAGGAGGGGAGCGGGACCAAGCAGGGGCCCUGCUCUUACACCAGCCCGGUGCUCCAGGCCGCCCUGGCCUGUCUGCUGAGCGAGCUGGGAGGCGGUGGCGGUGGGGAGUUUGCCCUGGUGUCUUUCACGGGGCUCUGCCACAGUCGGGACAUACCCCAGAGACUCAGCGGGCUCCCCCACUACCGGCUGCCCCGCGAUUUCGGGAGACUGGUGGAGGAGCUGCAGGGGGGCAGAGGGGGCUGCCGGCGCUGCUGGGCCCGGCUCCUGACCAAGACCCUGGCACACAGACUGGCGUGCCAGCUGGCGGCGUGGCUGUGGUCUCCCUGGCGGAAGGGGAAGAGGAGGAGCUCACGCCGGUGAACAGGAGGACAAGCUCAGGGUGCCACGGCGACAGGAGGCGUGGCCCUGACUGGCAGUGGGGCGGGGCUUCCAGCACGCGGGGGCGUGGUCAGAGAGACAGCGUGGUGGCGGUGGUCUGGGCACCACUCCCUGAGUGCUUCUGCACUGGACCACUGCAGCAGGACCCUACAACUUCAGCAGAUUAGUGCUGAACUUCAUACAGGAGGCUUGAGACAGGACGCUAUCUGGCUAUUUAGCCAGUUUGCUAGUUAGUAGUUGUUGUGGGGAAAAUCAGAGGAGCAGGACACAGUCUUGUGCAGAUUCAGUUUUAUCGAGCUCAAUAAGUCCAAGAACGCGCGCUGGGUCGGCCCCACAGAACAGACAAACUGCAAGGGUUUCCCAGCUCUUAUAUACAGCUAGAAGAAAGUUUGUUUCACGAUCUGA